UAAUGAGCUGUGGGAACAAUGCCCUCGCUCACAUUCAGCGUGCCCAGGAGAGCGUCUGGGGACACCGGGGACAAUGGAUUUGGGGUGUUAUAACACACACUACUUCUACGAUGUGGACCUUAAGGAGGACUUUUAUCGCCACAUUGCUCCCAGUGAGGACAUAUGGAAAAAAUUUGAGCUUGUACCAGGGUGCCCUCAGUCGAACGCAGUAUGUCUUGGAGAAAGUGGCACUGAAUGGGGAUCUGAAAUAAUGGAUUUAGGAUGGGAGUCUCCUGUGAAACUGUCUGGACUUAGUUCUGUAGUUCUUCUAAGAGACUGUAUGUGGAGUGGCUUUUCAACCCGUGAACAUCUGGAGAAGGUCAUCAAUGAACGGUUUUCAUGUGCCCCUUCGCGGCCAGCAAGUGCUGCUAAACCUGUUCCAGACUCUGAGGUCCUGGAGACGGCUGCCAUCCCUGCCGAGCAGACUGCCGUGGUUCCAGCUCCCAUUCCUGAAAAGAUAUCUCACUCCUCAGGAUCUGAAGACACUAGUGACUCUGAAGACGACGAAAUUGAUGUAGUGACUGUGGGAAAAAGGAAGUCUUAUCAUGGCCGUCAGCCAGUGACCAUAACAGUGAGAGCAGACCCUAAACUCUUCCACAUAUCUAUCCACCAGCAACAACAUAACUAUGCUGCACGCCUGCCCCCUGAGCCCAGUACUGCCUCUCCAGAAGAGGACUGUCCAUCUCCCUCUGCAGAAGAACCUGGUGAAAUCAGCUGUCCUUCAGUGCAACCCUGCAGCCCCACCACACCCAACUCGCCUAGUGCAUCAGGAGGCUCAGACAGUGAGGAUCUGGCCAAAAGGAAGAAUCACAACUAUAUGGAGCGCAAAAGGAGGAAUGAUUUACGUUCGCGGUUCCUGGCACUUAGAGGAGAGGUGCCAGGUCUGGCCCAUGCUUCGAAACCCCCCAAGGUGGUGGUUCUGAGUAAAGCUACAGAGUAUUUGCAGGGUUUGCUUAGUGCUGAACAACAGCUUGUAGCAGAGAAACUAAAACUUCGUUCACGCCACCAGCAACUCUUGAGGAGAAUCUCCCAGUUGAAGGGCCGUUAAGAGGGACACAUGGCAGGAGUCUGCCUGGCAUUUUUGCACAUUUGUGAUGUUAUGUCUUGGGAUUGCACACAACUGAGACUUUCACUUCUGGGUCAGUGCUCCACAGCACUACUGGAGAAAGGACUGGUCAUAUCAGGUGAACCUAUAUCGUUCCUCAGGUUCUAAAUAUGACUUGCUUCUUUCCACACAAGACUUUCCAUGGACUUUGUAUUUCUCUUGACCUCAAGGAUACUGCUGUGAUGUUUCUACCAGCUUAGCCCUUUAUUCACAUAUCUAAGGUCACCUCUCAGGUGGUUCGAACUCAAUUCUGCUCAUUUAGUCCAAUAAUCACCUUCAGAUUUGUUCUGGAAUGCACUUUAUGCUCUAGAUACUGCCAGAUUUUGUAUAUGGUCUACAUGUUUUCCUGCUGAUUCCAAAUAACCCUUUUCCGUAGCUAAAUUUCUGCUACAGUAUACCAUAUUUGGUGUUUGGCAAGAAUUGUGAUGUAGUACCAGUCAUAGCAUAACCAUGACUGAUCCUUUUGCAGGGAAAAGUUUUGGUAGACCUUGAGGACUGCCAUUGCAUUGUGGAGGGAAAUUUGGGACUGUCUGGUGUGAACCACUCUAUACCUCACUCUUGUCACUUUACACUAGUUUGUCUGUGUUUUUGUGACUUUUGUUUUGUACUUUUCUUUGAACCUGCUGCUGCCUGCUGGAUUUUUGUACUGAAUGAGAUUUAUACUGUAUUUUUGUAUAUCUUUUGAGUAACAGAUUUAUACGAUAAAGCUUAGCAACUGAGGGACAGUUGAACGUUAUGAUGAUCAUAUGUAAUGGUUUAAAUGAUCCCUUAUCCUUUCUAUUUCUGCAGCUGCACAGAGCUUCAAACUUUGACUAGCAGUAAGGUUGAGUUCACACAACCAUUGUGGCGUUGCGCUCUGUUGGAUCAGUCAUUACUGAUCUCACUGGUGCCUGAUGGACCUCAUUGACUUAUAAUUGGGUCUGUCGGGUUCCUUUGAGGAUUCUUGUCCCUUUGACGGGAAAACUAGUGCAGUGGUUUCAUUUUGAAAAGGAAGAAUAGCACUGACAGCAAUGUGAUCUACAUCACAUCUGCCAAUGGAGUGUGAACAGAGCCUUAGUUUGCCCUGAAAGGGAGAAGGCCAAAGUUCCUUUGAGGAACUGUAGCCUCCUCUCUGGAAUGGCAAUGUUGUGAACCUGGGCUAAGAAACUAUCUUUUUGAUACUGGUCCUGGAAGCUGAUACAUUCCACAGCUGGUCUCAAACAUGUAACACGGGUUCAUGCAUUGACAUAUAUUCCAACCCCUGUGCAGUGAAAGAUAAUGGAAAUCCAUCAGACGGAGGCACACAUGCCUGUUAUAAAAAUCACACGCUGCUGUAUGUUGUCUGAACCUGAAAAUGAUUAAGGUUUCUGAAUGUCCUUUGUGGAAGAU